GUUCGAGAAUUCAGAUCAGGCCUUGGGAUUAUGGAUGCUGGAUGCAGCUCAGGGCUCCGUACUGCGCUCUCAGGACCAGCGAAUCCAAAUCCGCCCCACUAGAAAGAAACCAAACCCUAGUUAUCUCCUCGUGUUGCUUGUCCUCGAGCAGCUGCAGCUGCAGCAGCAGCAGCAGAAACACCAAACGGUUUCGAUCGGUGUAUCGAUCUGUGGCUCGGUUCAUUAAGUACGGCUGCGGCCGCCUUCAAUUUCGUUGCUUUGUUCGUCAGAAAGCUCUGGUUUUUCCGCAGUGCUUACUAGUACUUCGCUUGGGUUUUGUUUCAUCGAUUGCCGGGAAUUCGUUCGAGCGCAUGCGCAUGCGAUCGGUGUGAAGCUCACCGGUUGCAGUAAUUAAAAAGGCUGCGUUUUUAUUUGUGUUGUUCAGGGGCUUUUGGUUGAAUUCAUUUCAGGCGUGAUUGGUAAAACUGGUGUCUUGACGCAUGCAGAUCUGAGGAAGGCGAAGGGUUGCUGGUAGGACAUGCAGGGAGGAGGAGGCGGGGAUAGCUCCGGCGGCGGCGGCGGCGACGCGCCGCGGCCGAGCAGGUACGAGUCGCAGAAGCGGCGGGACUGGCACACGUUCGGGCAGUACCUGCGCAACCACCGGCCGCCGCUGGAGCUCCCGCGGUGCAGCGGCGCCCACGUGCUGGAGUUCCUCCGCUACCUCGACCAGUUCGGCAAGACCAAGGUGCACGCCGCCGGCUGCCCUUUCUUCGGCCACCCUUCGCCGCCGGCGCCGUGCCCUUGCCCGCUCAAGCAGGCGUGGGGCAGCCUCGACGCGCUCGUCGGCCGCCUCCGCGCCGCCUUCGAGGAGCACGGCGGCCGCCCCGAGGCCAACCCGUUCGGCGCCCGCGCCGUGCGGCUCUACCUCCGCGAGGUCCGCGACAGCCAGGCCAAGGCCCGCGGCAUCGCCUACGAGAAGAAGCGCCGGAAGCGCCCACCCACGUCGUCAUCCCAGGCCGCCUCCGCCGCCGCCGCCUCCCCAGCGAGCCCAGCCGCUAGCCCCACGCCACCACCACCGCCGGCGCCGGCGGAACGAGCCGACGUGCGGACGAUGCCGACGGAGGGCCACUUCUUCAUCCCGCACCCGCACUUCAUGCACGGCCACUUCCUUGUCCCCGGCGACGCCCACACGGUUCCCACCGGCAGCCAUGGCGACCACUCCAGCACUGGCGGCGUCAGCGGCGGCGGCGGGGGCAGCAACGACGAGAUGGCCGUGGCCAUGGCGGCGGUGGCGGAGGCGCACGCGGCCGGGUGCAUGCUGCCACUGUCCGUGUUUAACUAGCAAAAGCAGCUUAUAGCAAAAUCAAGGUAGGGCUUAAUCAAAUCCGGAGAGGGUUAAUUACCUUAGUUCGUUAAGAUGGAUCGAUGCGUCUCAUCAUGAUGGAAUGAUGGAUCCGAUUCGAUCGAUCGAGCUAUCAACGCUACUGUGUAUGUACUGUUUGUGUUCUUAUCAAACUCUACUCUUUUGGUUACGUUUCCUGGAAGAACUGCCUGUGCUACUGUAGGGUUUUUAGUACUACUGUCAUCAUGCUUUGGGCUUGUGUAAGGUAUGCUCAUCAUCCAUAAUAUAAUUAAUGCAAGGUUAAUUUAUUUAAAGUGUAAUCUUAAUUGUUUUCUGUU